UAUCACCAACCAUGUGACGCAAUUGUGAGAAUAAAAAUGGGCACAGACCUGCACUGUGAACAAGAAGCAAAGCUUCAUUCCACAGCGAAGCGGCUUGUUUCUGCGCUGGAACAACACAGCACCAGCUCAAGGAGCCCCACACGGAACCCGCACACCUCUAGGCCGACAACCGAAUUCGGGAUCUUCAGACCAAAGAUGCUACACUGGGCCAUUUUCGUGAUGUCCUUGUUAUUGGAGCCCUACCUAUGUGAUUCUAAAUGUGAAGGAGACAAGAUCCAAUAUGUCGCCCGGAGCUGCAAAGAGCUCAAAGAAAAAUAUAAAGUUCAUGACGAUGGGCUGUAUUACCUCAAUACCACAAAUGGCAUUCGGUACGAGGCAUUCUGUGACAUGACCACGGCGGGUGGGGGCUGGACACUGGUGGCCAGCGUCCAUGAGAAUAACCUGUAUGGGAAGUGCACUCUGGGGGAUCGCUGGUCCAGCCAGCAGGGCGACGACCCCAAUCGGCCGGAGGGGGACGGAACCUGGAGCAACAAGGUUACCUUUGGGUCUCCUGAGGCUGCCACCUCUGAUGACUACAAGAACCCCGGGUAUUAUGACAUCACAGCGGAAGACGUGUCCGUGUGGCAUGUUCGGAACAAUGCAGAAAUGGAGAAAUGGAUCGCCAAGUCCAUCUUGCGCUACCACACAGCGACCAGAUUCCUGACUUUACAGGGAGGAAACCUCUACCAGCUGUUCAAGCGCUACCCUGUGAGAUUCAAUUUGGGCACAUGCAACACUGACAAAGGCCCAACUGUUCCUAUAGUGUAUGAUUUUGGGAAUGCAGAAACUACUGCAAAUCUGUAUGGGCCACUCCCAAGGGAGGAGUUUACUGCAGGUUUUAUCACUUUCCGAGUCUUCAACAUUGAGAGGGCAGCUAUGGCCAUCUGCUCUGGAGUCAGUCCCAGGGGAUGCAACACAGAACAUUACUGUGUGGGUGGAGGGGGCCAUUUCCCUCAAGCUGCACCACGUCAGUGUGGGGAUUUUCCUGCGUUUGACUGGGACGGCUAUGGAACCCACGAAAGAUGGAGUGCCUCCCGGGAUAUCACUGAGUCUGCCAUGCUGCUGUUUUACCGCUGAAGAGACACCAUUUCUCCCCAUCACUCUUCAUCGUUAUUAUUACAUUGCAGAAAAUCUCUUUCUACUAUCUUUGCUUAAUUACAGGUCAAAAGGGGUUCUCUAUGUUAUUUAGGCUUUUACAGAGAAAGGAGGAUACUACUUCACGUUUUAACUGUUUUAGCAGGUUUAAGUGAUGUGUAAUCCACUUUGUUCUGUUUUUCAUAUUUCAGAAUAUAAAAUUGGUGUUGGGCAGUACAAUUGUAAAAACUGAAUAAAUAUAUGAAAUUAUGCAGCA